UGGAUAUCUGGCAGUCUCGAUCGCUGUCUAUCUGUUAUGAUUAUUCCCGCCAAAUUUGUGCUAAAUUGGAAGCUAACUUGAGUCGGCAGGGUUUGGGAGCAUUCCUUCAGUCAUAAAAGUUCAUAAGAUGGGUUAUUUACAACGGCUGGAGUUAGAAAAUUUUAAGUCCUAUAAAGGAAAACAUACUAUUGGACCUUUCAAGCGUUUCACAGCUGUUAUUGGACCUAAUGGAUGCGGCAAGUCUAAUUUAAUGGAUGCUAUCAGUUUUGUAUUUGGAGAACGCACACAAAGUCUUAGAGUUCGUACUGUUAAGGAUCUCAUUCAUGGAGCUCCUAUUGGCAAAGCUGUAUCCAGUACAGCAAUGGUUACUGCUGUUUAUGCAGAGGAAGAUGGAACUGAGAUAAACUUUACAAGGAAGAUUGUUGGUAGUGGCACUGAGUACAGAAUUGAUAACAAAGUUGUCACCCCACAGCAGUACACUUCAAAACUUGAAAGUUUGGGAAUAUUGGUAAAAGCCAAGAAUUUUCUUGUGUUUCAGGGGACUGUUGAAUCGAUUGCCAUGAAAACUCCAAAAGAGAGAACUCAGAUGUUUGAAAAAAUCAGCAGAUCAGGUGAGCUUGCAGACGAUUAUGACAAAAAGAAAGUAGACAUGCAGAAGGCUGAAGAGGAGACAAGUUUUAAUUACCAUAAAAAGAAGGGAAUUGCAGCAGAGAAAAGAGAGGCCAAAGCUGAGAAGGAAGAAGCUGACAAAUACCACAAGCUGAAUCAAGAACUGGAAAGUUGUCAACUUGAAGUUAAGUUGUUCCAGUUGUAUCACAAUGAACAAAGUAUAAAUCACUUAACUAGUGAACUGAAAGCUAAAUCUCGUGACUUGGACAAACUUGACCAAAGGAAAAAUGAAAUUGACCAGCAGCUCAAGAGUAAGAAACAAGACAGCGCUAAGUUAUCAAGGGAGAUGGCUUUUGUAGAGAAGAAAAUAACUAGCAAGGAAGCAGAACUGAACAAGAACAGACCACAGUAUAUUAAAGCCAAGGAGAAAACUUCUCAUGUUUUGAAGCGGCUUGAAUCUUCUAAGAAAGCUUUUGACAAAGCCAAGAAUGUUCAUAAAAAGCAUGAAGCUGAAAUCAGGGAGCUUGAGCAUGAUUUGGAUGAGGUUCGCAAUGCAGCAGCAAAGUAUGAGGAAGAUGUGUCAGGAGCAAGUCAAGAUGAAAAUGUGGAACUGAUGGAUUCACAGGUUGAACAAUAUCAUGCAUUAAAGGAACAGGCUGGGAGGGAGACUGCAGCCCUUAAGUUACAGUUAGACAAGAUUGUGAGAGAGCAGAACUCUGAACAGGAAUUCCUAGACCAGUUAAAACAGAAAAAGGUGGAUCUUCUUGCUCAGCAGAAACACAAGACAGAUCAAAGGACUCAACUCACAGAGAGAAUUGAAAAACUUGAUGAAUAUAUUAGCACGAACAUACAAACAGUGGAUAAGUUGAGGCAAGAUCAUGACAAAAUGGAAAAGGACAUCAAUGAUGCCAACUCUCGUCAUAGCGAAAUAAGUCAACUUCUUGAAGGUGUACAGGGAGAAUUAAAUGAAGCCAAAAUGGACAAACAUGAAAGUGCUAGACAUCAAAAGAAGCAAGAACUUUUGGAGAGCAUGAAGAGACUCUUCCCAGGGGUUUAUGGACGACUUAUAGAUCUCUGUGAACCAGUCCACAAAAAGUAUACACUUGCAAUAACAAGGGUCCUUGGAAGAAACAUGGAUGCCAUUGUUGUGGAUACAGAAAAAACUGGAAAAGACUGCAUUCAAUAUUUAAGAGAACAGCGAGCUGAUCCUGAGAUGUUCCUUCCUCUGGACAGCAUUCAAGUAAAGCCUAUCAAUGAAAAGUUGAGGCAGAUUGGUGGUACUGCUAAGCUAGUCAUUGAUGUAAUUAGAUACAACCCACCAGUUGUCAAGAAAGCAUUGCAGUUUGCUUGUGCAAAUGCCCUUGUCUGUGAUGGAAUGGAGGAAGCAAGAAAGCUUGCAUUUGGUGGUGCAGAGAGAAAGAAGACAGUCUCCUUAGAUGGAACACUUUUCCAAAAGUCUGGUGUAAUUUCUGGUGGAGUAAGUGAUCUAAAGGCAAAGGCUAGACGGUGGGAUGAGAAGCAAGUUGAGGGAAUGAAGAAAAAACGUGACAGCUAUUUGGCAGAAUUAAAAGAUCUUAGCAAACACCGUAGGAAAGAGCCAGAACUGCAGAACCUGAGAUCUCAGAUUGAUGGGCUUGAACACAGACUGAGAUACUCUACUAAGGAUAAAGAAACUACAGAAAAACAAACUCUUGGAGAAAUUUCUAAGGAGCUGAAGAUCAUAAAGAAAGAACUAGACAGCCUGGAGCCGAAGAGAGAGAAGUUGCUUCUUUCAAUGGCCAAGAGGAGUGAAGAAAUCACAAAUACUGAGAAAAGAAUGAACAGAGUGGAGGACCAGGUUUUCAGAGGAUUUUGUGAGCAAAUAAAUGUGGAGAACAUAAGGCAAUAUGAAGAAAAACAACUUAAAGCACGGCUAGAGAGGGAUCAACGCCGCCUAGAGUUUAACAACCAGGAGUCACGCCUCAUAAAUCAGUUGGAGUAUGAGAAAGGAAGAGAUACCAAAGGUCAACUAAAAAAACUGGAGGAAAGCAUGGCAGCUGAUGAAUUAGAGAUUGAAAAACUCAGAGGAGAGGAAAAGGAGAAACUGAAGUUAAUUGAGAAAGACACAACAGAGCUGGAAAAGCUGCGUUUGGAAAAAUCAGCAAAGAAGUCUCAGAUAGAUGAGAAGGAUCUGGAAAUAAAGGAAGUCAAGAAAAGCUUUAUGCAUCACAUGAAGGAUGUUACAACUCAUCAAAAACAAAUCACUGCCAUGGAAACUCAGUUGGAGCAAAAGAGAGCAGAUCGUCACAGUCUCUUAAAGUCAUGCAAGAUGGAAGACAUCUUCCUUCCCUUCAAAAAGGGAGGAAUGAAUGAUAUUGAUCUUGGAGAACCUUCAAGUAGUCAGCCAGAAAUGUCAAGUCAGGACCGAGGAGAAUCAUCAUCAAUGGAAAUUGACAGCACAAGCACACAGGGGGCCAAGAUCACUUAUGAGAGGGAGGCCAAUCUAAUUAUUGACUACUCUUCACUUGGUCGAAGCUUAAAGCAGCUUGAAGACCCAUCAGAAAUCCGUAACACAAUGAAUGAGCUGGCAAACAAGGUGAACAAGCUGCAGGCAACUUUACAGAGGAUACAGGCUCCAAAUAUGAAGGCACUUGAGAAAUUGGAUGGAGUAAGUAGUCGAUUUCAAGAGACAAGUGCUGAGUUUGAGCAAGCACGAAACAAAGCAAGAAAGGCCAAGAUUGAGUUUGAAACUGUCAAAAAAAAUAGGUAUGACCGGUUUAUGGAUGCAUUUGAACAUGUUUCACAAAGAAUAGAUGACAUAUACAAGGAGUUGGCCAAUAAUCCUAGUGCCCAAGCAUUCCUUGGACCAGAGGAUGCAGAGGAACCCUAUCUUGGAGGAAUCAAUUAUAACUGUGUAGCACCAGGGAAAAGGUUUCGACCAAUGGAUAAUUUAUCAGGUGGAGAGAAGACUGUUGCUGCACUUGCUCUUCUCUUCAGUAUUCACAGCUACCAGCCUGCCCCAUUCUUUGUUUUGGAUGAAAUAGAUGCAGCCCUGGACAACACUAACAUCAACAAGGUUGCAAGGUACAUUAUUAAUGAAACCAGAGAGCAUUUUCAGUGCAUUGUGAUUUCACUUAAAGAAGAGUUCUACACAAGAGCUGAAGCUCUUAUUGGAAUCACUGCGGAGCCUGAUAAGGACUGUACAGUGAGUCGGGUGUUUACUUUGGACUUGACUCAGUAUCCUGAGUAGCAGAAACAAUAAAGUGGAUACAUAAGCUUGUUAGGGUUAGGAACACUUUCAUUCUGAAUAAAAUCAUACUUAGUUUGGCGAA